AUGUCCGAGCACUUAGUUAGUGAUGCUGGAUCUAAUGUGAUUCUUGCACAAAAUAAUAUUUCUGAAAUGUAUCCACAAAUAUUAAGUGUGCAUUGUAUUGCACAGGCCUAUUUAUGUGCAGUUGCAUUUACACUUCAUCCAAUUAAAAAAAAGUAUCACUACACUGAAAUCACGACAUCACACAUUAGCGGAUUAUUUUUAGGAUUGGUGCGUCUAGGUGCUGCAAUAAAGAGAUGGUCACUGAACUUUUAG